UGUGCCAACGGGGCCCUUCCCGAAGCAAUUUUUACGCUCGGUAUUUACGCAUAUGUCUUGACAAAGGAGAGGGACCUCUGUCCGUCUCCGUCAUUCGGAGCACUCGCAACGAGGCACAUCUACGCAUUUCCGAAUUAACUCCGUCGCUGAAGGCAGCACCGUGUGUUCGUGACUUUAUUUCGUCAGCGAUACGGCCAUCGGUGCCGUUCCUUUUCAGGAUUGUGUGUAGAUCCAUCGUUAUUCAUGCCUUACUUCUAGACUAAGCAAAAGCGUUCUCACUACGCCGCUAAAACUUAGCUUCUUUCGCGCUCCGUGAAUCCGAUGCUCUACGAGAAACUGUGCACGACGAAGAACGCUGCUCGAAUUUCCCCUCCUGCCCCACAAGUGUCCCAGCCGUGGACGUCUAGUCAUUCCCUGGUCAUGCUUUUUUGGCGUCCGCUGACCGCGUCCCCGCAACGCACAAAGCUGUUACUCGUCCUUCUGAUCGCCCUUGUGACGGGCCCCACGCAGUGCAAAUGCUCACCCAACGACACCGACUCACAUGACGAGACAACAACAGCAACAACAAUCGGCACCACGCUUUCGACAGCGGACCUUGAGGUCAACUACGUAAAGAUGCUAAAGGAUUGGAUCGGAAGUGCCAUCGACCAGUCUUCCCCCACGUUGACCCGCAAGCUUCUAAAGGCCGAGGUGUCGACUGAGUGCAGCUUCGGCCUUCUCAAGCUGGUGCGAGCCAUCAAGAACCUCGAUCCUUGGGCUAUCAGACUUCUUGAUGCUACCGGCAAGUAUCCGACGGGAGCGUUCCAGGCGACGCGCUCCGACUUCGGUGCCUUCGAUGAGUGCCUGGAGACAGUACUGCUAGACCGCGACGGAGACGUGGAGGCCCGCGGACAGUACUGCAGCCUGCUCAUCUACGCUCGGAACAACACCGAGGCUGAGAACCAGGUGCUGCCGGCCAUCGAGAUGAUACACCCCAAAGUGAAAAAAUUUCUGAACUACUUUUACGACAAGAGAUUUCCCACAUUUCGACUGGCGAUGUGCACCAUGAACUUCUGUAACGAGCAAGAACUGCAGGAGCUGGCUGAAGCAAUAAUUCCCCCUGUGGUUGACUUCAAAGUGAAGUACUGCAUGACCAAUGAUAAGCCCCGUCCUACUCUGGGUCAGUGCAUCAUCAUCGCAUUUCUGGCCACGAUCGCCUUCCUCGUGGCUUUAGGCACCGGACUGGACAUCUACACAGAAAAGAGAGCGCUGAAGUGUCGGCGUCACGUCCUGGUCCGAGUGGUGACCUGUUUCUCGCUGCUGUCGAACACUCGCUCCAUGCUGAGCGUCAACAAGGACAAGAACUCGGACGCCUACAAGUUCCAGUUUCUGCACGGAAUCCGCUUUCUCAGCAUUGUCUGGAUCGUCAUCGGCCACUGCUACGGAACGCCGUCGGACGUCUGGUCUCGCCUAAUAAACAACGUCGCUCUCGGUGAUCGCUGGGACAUCACAAUCAUAUCAGCCGGAUUCAUCAGUGUCGACACGUUCUUCUUCCUCAGUGCCUUUCUCCUUACGAGCGUUGUCUCGAAGCAAAAGCAUGUUGGAGUUGUCAUCUACGUCAUGGCAGUGGUUAGGAGGCUCAUUAGGACACUGGUGCCGCUGUUCUUUAUGUUAAUGUGUAUGUACCUGCUGCCGCUUAUUGCGUCUGGGCCUGAGGCCCCGCAGUUCUUCGAGAAGCUGGAUAAUGAGGUCUACAACAACUGGUGGUCGCUCUUGGCGCAGGUUCGAAAUUACUUCUACCACGAUGACGAUUUGCCACUGCUUCCUCACCUGUGGUACCUGUCAGUGGACUUUCAAUUUUUCCUUGUGACUCUGCUAAUACUUCUGACAUGCAAAACGAGGCCACGAGUUGCUGUCACACUGUUUGCGCUACUGUCCCUGGUUGGAUGUUCAGUUGCCACGUGGCAAGUGGCUGGCAACAACAAAACGCCUUUCAUGGUGGUGGUUGUCGAGUCCAUCCAGGUGUUCAUGGAAACAACCUUCCGCUAUUACUUCUACCCUUUCUACCACGCCAUUUGUUACUUCAUGGGCUGCGUCACGUUCCUCUCCUUAAGCUGGUUCAAGGGCAAGAAGAUGUCUCCCAUAUUCCAAGCUGCUGCCUGGUGCAUCGCUAUGGCCAGUGGAGUGUGCUGCAUCAUUAUGAAGCUUGCUUGGUACAAAGAAACUGACCCGACCACCCAAUUUGGAAAGCUUUCUGCCACAUUUUUCGAUCGGAUCCUGUGGUCCAUGUUUCUAAUGUGGGUGACCUUCGCCUGUGCUACGGGACGAGGAGGAUUCCUGUGCAAGUUCCUGGCAUGGAAUGCGUUUGUUCCCCUCAGCAGAUUGGCCUUCGGCGUCUACCUCAUUCAUGUGCCAUUCAUCCAACUUUUGUUGCACAUAUCUCGAGAGAGAAUCUUAUUCUUUCACUUCAUCGUGAUUUCGCUCGUCUUCACCACCCUGGUGUGGAGCUACCUCCUCAGCUACCUCUUGUUCAUAUUAUGCGAAGCUCCGACUGCUAAGCUGGACAAGCUCGUGUUCGACGGGCGUCGCCGUAGCGAGCCCAAGCCAGCUGCCGCCUCCCCGACUGAGGUGGCGACGAACGGUAUCUCCUCGGGAAAGCCUGCUGACAUCCCGUGUGUCAGUGAUGCCUACAGAGCGUUGGAAGCGCAGAGAAGCAAUGACAUCACCGAUCGCACAGGUUUCGUACGCGGAAACGGUCACUCCGUCAGUUAUCAGCUGUAGAUAGUUUACCAUAUUCUCACCAUCAACAUCAUCAGCAUUUCACUCACACAAGUACUGCUCUACUGUAAAUAAAAAAGCUGUCUUUCACUCUUCUUCAA